GUUGAGUUGUGCUGCGUGCAGCAACGUACGUAGCUAUAUUAUUCGCUCUGCCGCUCCUCACUUAAGCCAUAAAGCUUUCAAUUGUUCCCUAAAAAAUUAAAAACACCACUUGCAGUUAUGCCGGAACCUAAGACCAUCCGCUGGGGCAUCCUCGCGACAGGAGGCAUUGCCCUCACCUUCACCAAGGACCUCCUGGUCGACCCAAAGACACGCGGAGUCAACUCUGUCAAGCACACCGUCGUCGCCGCUGCCUCGUCGUCCUCGAAAUCGCGUGCUGAGAACUUCUUGAAAGAGACUGGUGCGCCUUCAGGCGCAACGGCCUACGGCUCAUACGAGGAGUUUGUCAAGGACCCCAACAUCGAUAUCAUCUAUGUCGCCACACCACACUCCCACCACUACCAGAAUGCCCGGCUUUGUCUUGAGGCUGGCAAGCACGUCCUGUGCGAGAAGGCCUUCACCGUAAACGCUCCCCAGGCACGCAAGCUGGUCGAGCUGGCAAAGGAGAAGAACCUCUUCCUGAUGGAGGCUGUAUGGACACGCUACUUCCCUCUGUCUAUCUACGUCCGCGAGCAGAUCACAUCCGGCCGCAUCGGCCCGGUUGCGCGCGUCAUCUCAGACAACAGCAUGGCUCUGGACCCCGAGACCAGCUUCGCAGACGGCAAGAACCGCAUGGUCAACCCCGACCUUGCUGGUGGAGCGCUGCUAGAUCUCGGUAUCUACGCUUUGACAUGGGUGUUCCAAACACUCUACCACACUCAGCCCGAGGAAACACGCCAGCCACCCAAGCUCCUUGCGUUCGUCAAGAACUACGAGGCUACCGGCAAGGCAGAUGAGCACAGCACUAUGAUCCUCAACUUCCCACGAUCGAAAGAGCAGGGUGGUGAUGCGCAUGCCGUCGCUACAACAUCUCUGCGCGUCGCCACAAGCCCCGGCCAGAACCAAGACACACCCUGUGUCCGCAUCCAGGGUCCUAAGGGUGAGAUCCAGGUCUUCCCUCCUUCAUUUCGCCCCACAAAGACCAAGAUCAUCGGCAGCGACGGCAAGGUUGAGGAAAAAGAUUGGCCUAUUCCCGGGCCCGGUAAGGGUUCCAACUGGUACAACGGCUUCGGUGGCUCACUGCAAUCAGAGGGCGAGGGCCAGGGUAUGUUCUGGGAGGCCGACGAGGCUGCUGAGGCAGUGACUGCAGACAGGAAAGAGGGCAAGUACGAGAACCUUGCUGAGAGCAUCUUGAUCAUGGAGAUCAUGGAUGAGGUUAGGAAACAGGGUGGUCUUGAGUACCCGUCGAAGAUCGAGACCACAGAUUACCCCGUGCAGCUGUAAGCAUCUUCAGAUGUUUUUCCUGCAAAGAUAUCAGAGGACGAAUAGUCUAUAACAAGCACAACAAGAUAUCAUACUUAUUCCCUUUUGCAGUCUCUCUCACCAACCAAAUCAGACGGCUUAUGACGUCAUCGCACCAACCCCUCACCAAACACUUUCCACCGCUCUGUAAGUAUCUGCCGCCUAUAACACUACUCGAUCGUCUGCACCAUUUGUGUCGUUCGUACUGGGGCCUGGUCAUCAGCGGCAGAGAAGCAUCUGCGACUCAGCGCCUGUGUAUUGGUGCAUAUCUGUUGCGGUGCAAGUCGGUCCGACAGGCCUCGAUCGUCACCUUUGUUGACUACCUUGGACUAGCACGUCUCAGGGCAUGUAUAUAUGGUCGUCUCCUAGCUAG